CUUUACAGUGCAUUUUGAUUGGCUAGCAAAAUCGGACAUGUUUACAAAAUUUCUGCAGACAGAAACGCAAUUCUUCAUGUAACGAGGUCAAGUUGAGAGAAAAAGCCAACCUUUAUAAGUCAGUUUAUUUUAUAAAGGUUGGAGGAGAAAAAUAAGGAAGACUUAUUUAAGAACUCAUUUAAGUCAUAACCAGUGCCAUAGCUACACGAUAAAUAAGAGACAGUACAUUCAAGUGGGCUUGUAACCAGGGCUGUGACCUUGACCUUUAGGAAAAUGUGGAGGAAGACGACACAGAGGGUCUGUUCUCGACUUUUAUCCCCACAACAUGAGGUCAGUCAGCGGUUUAUGUCAGAGGGGCCAAAGGUCAUGGCCAUUCGACGUGAGACCAUUAAUGUGUGGGAGAGAAGGGCCCCCCUCAAUCCACGACAAGUCAGAAGGCUGGUGAAGAAUGGGGUCAAGGUCAUUGUUCAGCCAUCUAACAGAAGAGCCUACAAUAUGCAGGAGUAUUCGGCUGUUGGGGCAGAAAUUAAGGAGGACCUAAGUGAAGCAGAAUUGAUUAUUGGGGUCAAGUCCGUCCCCAUCGACCUUCUUCUACCGGACAAGACCUAUGCAUUUUUCUCUCAUACCAUCAAAGCUCAAAAGGAUAAUAUGCCUUUGCUGGAUGCUAUUUUAGAAAAGAACAUCCGUUUAAUAGACUAUGAGAGAAUGGUAGAUGACAAUGGCCAGCGUGUUGUGGCAUUUGGUAAAUAUGCAGGCGUAGCUGGAAUGAUAAACAUUCUUCAUGGUCUAGGAUUAAGGCUCCUGGCGCUCGGACAUCAUACACCAUUUAUGCACAUUGGACCAAGUCAUAACUACAGGAACACUGAGCAGGCGAGACAGGCCGUGCGAGAUGCUGGGUAUGAGAUCGCGUUAGAUCGACUACCAAAGUCUAUCGGUCCUCUGGUGUUUGUUUUCACGGGAUCGGGAAAUGUGUCACAGGGGGCUCAGGAGGUGUUUCAGGAGUUUCCCCAUGAAUACAUUGAACCCGAGAGUCUGCCUAAGGUUGCCAAACAGGGAGCAACCAACAAGCUGUAUGUGUGUGUGGCUAGGAGAGAUGACCAUUACAUCAGGAAGGAGGGAGGCAAGUUUGAUGCUGAAGAGUUUGAACAACAUCCUUACAGAUAUGCCUCUACAUUCAGUCAUAAGAUAGCACCCUAUGCCUCUGUCAUCAUUAAUGGUAUUUACUGGGCCCCAAAUGCCCCCCGACUGAUUACCAUUCCUGAUGCCAAGACUUUACUGAAGCCGACACCAGCUCCAUGGCUACCAUCCAGUCCUGGCUGUCCACAACUGCCCCACCGCCUCCUGGCCAUCUGUGAUAUCUCUGCCGAUCCUGGCGGCUCCAUCGAGUUUGUGAAGGAGUGCACCACCAUUGAUAAACCUUUCUGUUUGUAUGAUGCUGAGCAGAACAUGGAGACAGAGAGUUUCCAGGGAAAUGGUGCUUUGAUCUGUUCUAUAGACAACAUGCCAGCACAGAUUCCAAAGGAGGCCACAGAUUUCUUUGGAAACCUGCUAUUGCCCUACAUUCCAGAUAUGCUGAAGUAUCCUGCUACACUACCCUGGGAUGAAUAUGAUGUUCCAGCUGUGGUCAAACAUGCAGUGAUUGCAUCCAACAGGAGAUUGACCCCAAAUCAUGAGUAUAUUGAUGAACUUAGAAGACAGAGCCUAAGUGCUUCUCAGAAGACUCAGGGUCACCCAGAGAAUAAGAGUGUGCUGAUUCUGGGGGCAGGGUACGUGUCUCCUCCAGUGGUAGAAUACCUGGCCAAGAGCAAGAACACGGAUGUCACUGUGGUAUCUCAGCUUCAGGCAGAAUUGGACAACAUAGAGAACUGUGAUGUUCACAAGAUGCUUAUAGAUGUACAGAGGAACAUUGAUGAACUUGAGAAACUGAUCCCUCAACAUGAUAUCGUGGUCAGUCUCCUACCCUAUGUUCUACAUCCAGACAUUGCCAAGCUCUGUAUUAAACAUAAGAAGAGCAUGGUUACAGCCAGUUAUAUCUCCCCCGCCAUGAGGGAGCUGGAUUCUGCAGCCAAGGAGGCUGGGAUUACCAUUAUGAAUGAGGUGGGGGUGGAUCCAGGAAUUGAUCACAUGCUGGCAGUGGAGUGUUUUGAUGAUGUUAAGCAUGCUGGAGGAAAGAUAUCCUCGUUUGUGUCUUGGUGUGGAGGACUGCCCGCCCCAGAACAUUCCAAUUCACCAAUCCGAUACAAGUUCAGCUGGUUCCCAAGAGGUGUUCUUAUGAACUGUUUGAGUGGUGCUAAGUAUCUCAAAGACAAUUGUAUCAUAGAAGUUCCUGGUAAUGGUGGAUUGCUGGAUGCCGUACAAGACUUGGACUUUAUGCCAGGGUUUAACAUCGAGGGCUUCCCAAACAGAGACUCGACUCAGUACUUAAAUGAGUAUAAUAUUCAGUCAGCCAAAACUAUUCUUAGAGGGACCAUCCGCUACAAGGGUUUCAGUAACAUUAUGAAGGGUAUAAUGCAGAUGGGACUCUUGAAUCCAGAGCCUGUAUCUAACCUUCAUCCCAAUGGACCAGCAAAAACCUGGAAAGCCUACAUGUGUGAGCUGUUUGACAAGAGUCCUGAUUUGUUUGAGGACAGUCUUAAGGAUCUGGUACAUGAGAGAGUGGGAAGGUCAGAGAAAAGACUUCAAGCCAUUGUAGAUUUGGGUCUACUGGACGAUAUUCCAAUGGACAAGAAAGGAAAUCCACUGGACACUCUCUCUAACUAUCUCUCCAAGAAACUGGCCUUUGCCCCUGGUGAGAAGGAUAUGAUCAUUAUGCACCACAACAUUGGAAUAACAUGGCCAGAUAAUUCACAGGAGAAUCGAGUCAUUAACUUUGUCUGUUAUGGAGAGGAGAAAGGGUACUCAGCCAUGGCAAAGACUGUCGGACUACCCACUGCCAUAGCAACGAAAAUGAUUCUGGAUGGAGAGAUUCAAAGAAGAGGUGUAGUGGCUCCAUUGUCAAUGGAUGUCUACCAACCCAUUCUCUCCCGCCUCCGCAGCGAGGGCAUACACACCGUGGAGGAGAUAAAAACUUCCUAAAGUAUCAGGUGUGGAUCCAAACUUCCUAAAAUAUUAGGUACGGAUCAAAACAGGUGUGUGUAUUAAUUCUGUAGAGGUUGCUCAUGGUUGCAGUACAGGACAAUCCAAAAGUUGGGUACAUUUUUCCCAGAAGGUGAUCUGUUUGUUGUGUGGAUGUGAUCCACUCUAUAUAGCUGAUCAAUUAGUAUUUUGUUACCCAUAAACGUUCUGUUUGUAGGAAGAUAGAUGUUUGUUUUUUUGUUUGUUGAUUUCUUUUUGUAUGCAGAGAAUGAUUUUUUUAGUAUAUAUUCACUUCAAAAGUGUGACAUAGUUUCAAAGUUAGUACCAAGUUUUUAAUUAAGGAGGGAUUCUUGUCUGGUUUCUGACUAGAUGAAAUGUUCAAAGUGAAUAUGCUUGUAUGUUUUAUGUAUUUAGAUGUAAGAUAUUUAAAAGAUCAUAUUUUUCUUUCCUCAUCACAAUUGUACAACUUUAAAUAGAAACGGUAAACUGAGUUUGAAAACUAGCAGGGACUAUAUUUUUGGCAGAAUGGCGGUGUAUGAAUUAAAAUAUCUUCUUUUCUGCCUCUCAAAAUAAUUAUAAAACAAUGAAUUUAGUUAUAAUUUUUACACUAUCAAAGACUUGGAGAAAAUUUUUAAAUGUAAGUUAAAUUAAUAAUAAGGGAC